UGACUACCCGGGGGAGGCCAAAAGCAGGGUUCCCAGAUUCCUAGCACUGGGGGUGGUGGUGUUCAGUGAUGUGACUGUAGAUUUCUCCCAAGAGGAGUGGGACUGCCUGGACUCUAUGCAGAAAGUUUUAUAUAGAGACGUGAUGUUGGAGAACUACAGAAACCUGGUCUCAGUGGGACUUUCCAUUUCUAAGCCAGCUGUGAUCUCCUUACUGGAGCAAGGACUGGAGCCCUGGAUACAUGACAGAGUGCCAGCUAGAGGCCAGUGCUCAGACAGGUUGGAGUUAAUGGAAAGAAUUAUAAAGCUGGGACCAAGUGUCAGAGGUAUUUGGGAAUGUAAAGAUCAGCCUGAGAGAAAACAGUCACUUCAGAAGGCACAUUUUGGCCAAGUAAUAAUCACCCAUGAAGAUGUACCUGCUUUCAAUCAGCACGUAUCCCUUACUCUACACCAAAGAAUUGACAAUGAAGAGAAAUCAUAUGAGUGUAAGGAAUGUGGAAAGGCUUUUACUCGUGGCUCACAACUUACUCAACAUCAGAGGAUUCAUACUGGUGAGAAACCCUAUGAAUGUAGGGCAUGUGGGAAGGCUUUUAGUUGUGGUUCGGCACUUACAAAACACCAGAAAAUUCACACUGGUGAGAAACCGUAUGAAUGUAAGGAAUGUGGUAAAUCUUUUAGUUGUGGCUCAGACCUUUUACGACAUCAGAGAAUUCAUACUGGUGAGAAACCCUAUGAAUGUAGACAGUGUGGGAAGGCUUUUAGUUGGAUCUCAUACUUUUCUCAACACCAAAGAAUUCAUACUGGUGAAAAGCCUUAUGAAUGUAAGGAGUGUGGGAAGGCAUUUAGAACUAGCUCAUACCUUUCCCAACAUCAGAAAAUUCACACUGGUAAAAAACCAUAUGAAUGUAAGGAAUGUGGAAAAACAUUUUGUUGGAGCUCCUAUCUUACAAAACAUCAGAGAAUUCAUACUGGUGAGAAACCCUAUGAAUGUAAGGAGUGUGGAAAGGCCUUUAAUAAGAAUUCAAAACUUGUUCAGCAUCAAAGAAUUCAUACUGGCGAGAAGCCCUAUGAAUGUAAAGAAUGUGGAAAGGCCUUUAGUAGGAGGUCAAGCCUUAUUCAACAUCAGAGAAUUCACACUGGGGAAAAACCCUAUGAAUGUACAGAAUGUGGGAAGACCUUUAGUUGUAGCUCAUACCUUUCGCAACAUCAGAGAUUCCACACUGGGGAAAAACCUUAUGAAUGUAGUGAAUGUGGGAAAACUUUCUCCCAGAAGUCAUACCUCAGUGGACAUGAGAGAAUUCACACAGGGGAAAAACCCUAUGAAUGUAACAUAUGUGGGAAAACUUUUGUCUAUAAGGCAGCUCUCAUAGUGCAUCAAAGAAUUCACACAGGGGAGAAACCUUAUGAGUGUAAUGAAUGUGGAAAAACUUUCUCCCAAAGAACACACCUCUGUGCACAUCUGAGAAUUCAUACAGGGGAAAAACCCUAUGAAUGUAAUGAAUGUGGGAAAACUUUUGCAGAUAAUUCAGCCCUCAGGGCACAUCACAGAAUUCACACAGGCGAGAAACCCUAUGAAUGUAAUGAAUGUGGGAAAACUUUCUCCAAGACAUCACACCUCAGAGCACAUCUGAGAACUCGCACAGGAGAGAAACCCUAUGAAUGUAAUCAGUGUGGGAAGACUUUCUCUGAGAAGUCAUAUGUUAGUGCACAUCAGAGAAUUCACACAGGGGAGAAACCUUAUGAAUGUAAUAUAUGUGGGAAACCAUUUGCUCAUAAUUCAACACUCAGAGUACAUCAGAGAAUUCACACAGGUGUAAAAUCCUAUGAAUGUAAUGAAUGCGGAAAAACUUUCUCCCAGAAGUCGCACCUUAGUGCACACCAGAGAAUUCACACAGGGGAGAAACCCUAUGAGUGUAAUGAAUGUGGGAAAGCGUUUGCCCAAAAUUCAACCCUCAGAGUACACCAGAGAAUUCACACAGGGGAGAAACCCUAUGAAUGUGAAGAAUGUGGGAAAAGGUUUGUCCGUAAGGCAGCUCUUAGAGUACAUCACACCAGAAUGCAUACCAGAGAGAAAGCCAUAACCUGUAAUGAAUUUGGGAAGUCCUGAAGAAACUGAUACCUUAUUAUAUAAUACGCAGUGUAGAAACUCAUCUCACAUUGACUGGCAAAUUGUUCCCUUAACCAUUUCCUUUUACACUAGGCUCAUAGCUUGGCAAAAACUCCCAAUCUUUUGUUCAUCCAGAUGGGGCUGACCGUCGAAUGUGAUGCUAAUGAUAUAUAUCACAUUUAAUCCUGGCCCUUGAAAUAAAUCACCUUACAUUCUUCCUGGUCUGUGUUAGGAUGGAGUAGAGAUGACUUUUGCAGCAAA